AUGGCGGAAGAAGCCGCCGCCACCGCCGCCGCCUCCGCGUCCGCCACCAACUUCGAGGUGGACCUGGGCCACCUCAUGGCCUACGACCCCUCGCACCACCUCGCCGCCGCCGCCGCCGCCGCGUCCUCCCGGGCGGAGCUGCGGGACGAGUGCCUGCGGAAGGCCACGGAGCUCGCGCAGGCCGUCGCCAACGCCCUCUUCUCGCUGCCCGCCACCGAGGGCCGCGACGGCCCCCUCGUCCGCCUCCCGCCGCCCGCCAACCGCCUGCCCCGCGAGAAGCACUUACCAAGGCCAAAGCCUCCUACCAAGUGGGAGCAGUUCGCAAAGUCGAAAGGGAUUAUCAAGCACAAGAAGAACAAGCGUGCAUGGGAUGAGCAAACUAAUUCCUGGAAGCGGACUUAUGGCUAUGAUCGUGUUAAUGAUGACAGGGACGUUCCCAUUAUUGAAGCCAAAUUGACAGACGAGCCUGGUGUUGAUCCUUUUGCUCAAAGAAGGGAAGAGAAGAAGGGCAGGGUCGAUAAACAAGAAAAGAACAGACUUGGGAAUUUGAAGAAUGCUGCAAAAGUUGGUGCUCUGCCAAGUCAUAUACAGCUCGCUGCCACGUCCGUGCCCAUCACAGGAACUAAAGCUGAUCUGCCAAGAAAAGGUAAGAAGGAAGACCUCGAGAAUGUCGCUGGUAUGGCUUCUGCAGCAACGGCUAGCGGUGGGAAGUUCGACAAAAAGUUGCCUGGCGAGAAACCUCUCAAGAAGGCUGGCAAAAACAGAAAGUUCCUCCCUGUUGUUGAAGGGAAAGGAAUGGGCAACCUGGAGAAACAGCAAAACGACAAGAUCCUGAACAGUCUACUGGCCAAGAACUUCGAGGAACCGUUGGAUGUCAGCAAGGCAAUCACCAUGUACAAGGUGAAGAAGGACAACAAGAGGAGGAAAGACAAGCAAUCAUCGUCGUCGUCCGGAUCAAAUAAGUUGAAGCCCCAGAAGAAAAUCCACAAGAAAUCCUCAAAGAAAAGCGCUUAG